AGGCAUUUGUCGGCCAUUUAUUCCUACAGCUCUCCCCUCACACAUAGCCAUAGCAUUGCCAUUGCAUUGACAGCACUGACAGCACACACACCGAGCGAUAGGCCUCUGAAAGCCAUUGGAAAACCAUUUUUAUCGUUCAUUUUGUCUGCGAAUGCAUUGAAGUCUACGUGAAGUGCAGUGAAUGUUGUGUUGGAUUUAGUGCUCAAACAGUGCUAAGCAUUCAUUCCCUGUACUACUCAUCCGUUUGUCACACAAACCACUCAUACAUUCAUUUCGUUUGUCAUUAGUUUUUGAUUUAGUUUUCCGUUUGUGUUGUUUGUGUUGUUUGUGUCGCCCAUCGCUGCAGUAGCCAUACAUUGGAUUUGUAUAUAACUAUAAUUGUAAACACAUUAUGAGCUCUGAAUCCGAUUUGAAUAUCGAUAGCAUUAUUAGCCGACUUCUGGAGGUGCGCGGAUGUCGUCCCGGAAAGACUGUCCAAUUGGCCGAAGCCGAGGUGCGGGGUCUGUGUCUGAAGUCGCGGGAGAUAUUCCUCAGUCAACCCAUUCUUCUGGAACUGGAGGCGCCGCUCAAGAUAUGCGGUGACAUCCACGGCCAGUACACGGACCUGUUGCGGCUGUUCGAGUACGGAGGCUUUCCACCCGAAGCCAAUUACCUGUUUUUAGGCGAUUACGUCGAUCGCGGGAAGCAG